AUUCCCACCCCCCACCACCCCCCCAACCCCAAAUCAACCCCUCGCUCACUCCCACACGCGCACAGUCGCUGCUCUGCCUGCGCUCGCGAGAGAGACAGCCGAGAGCCAGGCCAGCCAGCGGGCGACGCAGGCAGGCAUGGCCACCUCCAGCGGCGACCAGUCGUCGCCCCGCGCGGCCUCCGACCUCGCCGUCCUCCCCUCCUACCCCGAGAUGAUCGUGGAGGCCAUCGCGUCGCUCCGGGAGCCCAACGGCUCCAGCCAGGCCGCCAUCGCGCGCCGCAUCGAGGCGGCCCGCGGCGCCGGCGUCGACCUCCCGCCGUCCCACCCCGCGCUCGUCGCCGCGCACCUCUCCCGCAUGUCCGCCGCCGCCGAGCUCGUCGCCGUCGCCGGGGGCAAGUACGCGCUCCCCCCUCCACCGCCGCCCUCGAGGUCCCCCGUCGAGGAGGACGACAUGGAGCCGGAGGGGGAGGAGGAGGACGACGACGAAUCCUCUGACGACGCGCCGCUGCCGCUGCCGCUGCCGCCCCCGCCUCCCGCCAAGCGCGGCCGCGGCCGGCCCCCGAAGGUGCGCCCGCCAGGCUACUACCCCGGGGGGCCUCCCGCCGCCAUCGGCGCCCCUCCUAGCGACGGACUAGCCGUCGUCGCUGUCGCCACCGCGCCCCGCCGGCGGGGCCGCCCGCCCAAGCCGCGGGACCCAGACGCGCCGCCCAAGAUCCCGCGCCCGCGCGGCCGGCCGCGCAAGAACCCGCUCCCGGACGGCAUGGCGCCGGUCCCGCGGCCCGGCCCCACCACGGCCAAGCCGCGCCCGCAGUUCGCCGAGGUGGGCUUCGUGUGAGCGAGGCCGGGCCGGAGCGAGCGAGCUAACAUUUCCACUUGUGCCUGGUGUCCGUUCUGUUAGGUGUGGGGGUCAUUUCUCCGUUCGUGUUGUUCUAAUUCGAGGUGGAAGACAAGACGAUGCUGCAGCAGCAGCGUUUGUCCGGUGAGUGUGGGUGGUGUUUCAGUCCGUGGCGUGGUGUUGGUCGCCGGAGGGGCGUCGUCUCCCCCGGCGACGGUGUAUCCCUCUUGUAUCUCUGUCAGCGCACACUUGGUCGAUCAUUUCCCUCCACCAGGAGGAUACCACGAGCUGAGGCGCCUGCGUCUGCUCCAGCGUGUAUUGAUGCUCUUCGCAGUUCAUUUCAAGCGUGAAUCACAUUGAUUUUUGUUCUUCUUGA